GGCGCGGCGGUGGGUUUGGCCGCCCCCCCGCCGCAUCCCUGCGCGGGCAGAGCCCCCCGGGCCGGCCCGCGCCUUUGUGCGCUCUUUCCGCGGCUGGUGAUUGUUGAGGUUUGAAAUGGAGAGACGAGGCGGGGGGGAUGGGGGUGUUUGAUUUAUGGUGCCGGAGCGGCUCCGAAAGCCGCCGUGAGACGGAGCCCUCCCGCCCUUCCCCGGGAUCGCGGUGCUGUUGAAGGGAUCUUUAAAGAGGUGAAGGUCUGGAAACAAAAAGUCGCGCAUGGGACAGGAUUACGCAGCCGAUUCUGGCCCAACCCGGAAGUUUAUGUCGGGAACACGUGUUGGUGGGAAGGUGGCGAGGCAGCAGCCGCCGACCCCCCGUCUCUCCCGUCACCUCCCCCGGGGUUUCCCCGCCCGGCCGAGCCCUCCGGGGCCCCGCUGCUCCCGGGGAGCUGAACCGCGGCGACAGACACGGCCUCAAAGUCCAGGGACUCUUAACGAGCGCACCUCAAACAGAGGUUGCUAGGAGAUGGUGGAGCCAGGACAAGAUCUGUUGCUUGCUGCUUUGAGUGAGAGUGGAAUCAGUCCAAAUGACCUCUUUGAUAUUGACUCUCCAGACGUGGUUCUUGCAAAUCCAGCACCAACUCCAGCUGUUCAGCAGUCAGUACCACUUAGUGCGUUAGAACUGGGCCUGGAGACUGAGGCUGCAGCUGCUGUGAAACAAGAACCAGAGACUGUAUCUACUCCAGCCUUAUUAAAUGUUCGGCAACCACCAUCCACCACAACCUUUGUGCUGAAUCAAAUAAAUCAGCUACCAACUUUGGGGACGACAAUAGUGGUGACAAAAACGACGCCUGUCACGACCUCGAGGCAGACGAUCACUGUAGCAAAGAUCAUCCAGACCAGCACAACCACUCGGCCCUCGGUGGCAGCACCAGCAGUUCGCAAUGCCUUGACCACUGCACCUUCCAAGGACCAGAUUCAGCUGAAAGAUCUGCUAAAGAACAAUAGUCUUAAUGAACUCAUGAAAUUGAAGCCACCUCCUAAUAUUGCCCAACCAGUAGCAACAGCAGCAACUGACCUAAGCAAUGGUGCAGUGAAGAAGGAGGCUUCCACAAAAGAGGUAGCAAGAAUAUGGAUAAAUGACAUUAAAAUGAGAAGUUUUUCACCUACUGUGAAAGUGCCAGCAGUAAAAGAAGAGGAGGAACCCGAGGAAGAAGAUGAAGAAGAAAUGGGCCAUGCAGAGACCUACGCUGAAUAUAUGCCAAUAAAAUUAAAAAUUGGUCUACGUCAUCCUGACCCAGUAGUGGAAACCAGCUCGUUAUCCAGUGUGACUCCUCCUGAUGUGUGGUACCAGACAUCAAUAUCAGAAGAAACGAUUGACAGUGGCUGGUUGUCAGCUUUGCAACUCGAAGCAAUCACUUACGCAGCCCAGCAACAUGAAACAUUCCUGCCCAAUGGAGACAGAGCUGGAUUCUUGAUAGGUGAUGGUGCUGGUGUAGGAAAAGGAAGGACCAUAGCUGGAAUAAUCUAUGAAAAUUACUUGUUAGGCAGAAAAAGAGCAGUCUGGUUUAGCGUUUCAAAUGAUCUGAAAUACGAUGCUGAAAGAGAUUUGAGAGAUAUUGGAGCAAAAAACAUAUUGGUGCAUUCAUUAAACAAGUUCAAGUAUGGGAAGAUUUCUUCCAAACAUAAUGGAAGUGUGAAGAAAGGUGUCAUCUUUGCUACCUAUUCUUCUCUUAUCGGGGAAAGUCAGUCUGGUGGUAAAUACAAAACCAGAUUAAAGCAGCUUCUUCACUGGUGUGGUGAAGACUUUGAUGGAGUUAUAGUAUUUGAUGAGUGUCAUAAAGCAAAGAAUCUGUGUCCUGUUGGUUCAUCAAAACCAACAAAAACAGGUCUGGCUGUAUUGGAACUUCAAAAUAAACUUCCAAAAGCCAGGGUUGUUUAUGCCAGUGCCACAGGUGCAUCAGAGCCAAGAAACAUGGCAUAUAUGAACCGUCUUGGAAUAUGGGGUGAAGGAACUCCAUUUAGGGAAUUCAGUGAUUUUAUUCAGGCUGUUGAAAGAAGAGGUGUUGGUGCCAUGGAAAUAGUUGCUAUGGAUAUGAAGCUGAGAGGAAUGUACAUAGCCAGACAGUUGAGUUUUUCAGGUGUAACUUUCAAAAUCGAUGAAGUUCUGCUCUCACAGGAAUAUGUUAAAAUGUACAAUAAAUCUGUGAAACUGUGGGUCAGUGCUCGAGAGAGGUUUCAGCAAGCGGCCGAUCUCAUCGAUGCAGAGCAGCGAAUGAAAAAGUCCAUGUGGGGUCAGUUCUGGUCAGCUCACCAGAGGUUUUUCAAGUACCUUUGCAUAGCCUCUAAGGUGAAGAGGGUGGUGCAGCUGGCUCGGGAAGAAAUCAAGAAUGGCAAAUGUGUUGUCAUUGGCCUGCAGUCGACAGGAGAAGCAAGAACAUUGGAAGCUUUGGAGGAAGGUGGUGGGGAACUGAAUGACUUUGUUUCUACAGCAAAAGGAGUAUUCCAGUCUCUUAUUGAAAAGCACUUUCCAGCUCCUGACAGGAAGAAGCUGUUUAGCUUGUUGGGAAUUGACCUGACUGCUCAAAGUAAUAACAAUUCACCCCGAGACAGCCCUUGCAAGGAGAACAAAAUAAAGAAACGAAAAGGUGAAGAAAUAAGCAGAGAAGCCAAAAAAGCUCGCAAAACAGGUGGCCUUGCAGGAAGCAGCUCUGAUGAGAGUGAAAGUGAGUCUGAUGCUUCAGACAAUGAAGAAAGUGACAAUGAGAGCUCCAAAUUUUUGAGUUCUGGAGACGAUGAUGACUUCAACCCAUUCAGAGAUGAAUCCAGUGAAGAUGAUGAAGAUGAUCCCUGGUUGAUUAGAAAAGAGCAUAAAAAAAAUAAAGAAAAGAAAAAGAAGAAAAGCAUAGACCCAGAUUCUAUUCAAAGUGCCUUACUAGCCUCUGGUCUGGGAUCCAAACGGCCCAGCUGCUUCACUUCCACCGUUGGAACCACCACUUCUAGUACCAACACGUCUGUUUCAGCAAACAGUAACACAAACAGCAGCUUUGUAACGAGUCAGGAUGCUGUUGAAAGGGCCCAACAAAUGAAAAAAGAACUGCUGGAUAAACUGGAAAAGCUGGCUGAAGAUCUUCCACCUAAUACACUGGAUGAGCUUAUAGAUGAACUGGGUGGUCCUGAAAAUGUUGCAGAGAUGACAGGCCGCAAAGGGAGGGUGGUGAGCAAUGAUGAUGGCAGCAUCUCCUACGAGUCAAGGUCUGAACUCGAUGUGCCUGUUGAAAUCCUGAACAUCACAGAAAAGCAGAGGUUCAUGGAUGGAGAUAAGAACAUCGCCAUCAUCUCGGAGGCUGCCAGCUCUGGUAUCUCACUGCAAGCAGACCGCAGGGCCAAGAACCAGAGGCGGAGGGUUCACAUGACCCUGGAGCUGCCCUGGAGCGCGGACAGAGCCAUCCAGCAGUUUGGAAGAACUCAUAGAUCCAACCAAGUGACUGCUCCAGAGUAUGUGUUCCUCAUUUCUGAACUGGCAGGAGAACAAAGAUUUGCAUCUAUAGUUGCAAAAAGACUGGAGAGCUUGGGAGCCCUCACCCACGGGGACAGACGGGCUACAGAAACUCGAGACCUCAGCAGAUUCAAUUUUGACAACAAGUAUGGCAGAAAUGCUUUGGAGAUUGUUAUGAAAUCCAUUGUGAACUUGGACUCCCCAAUGGUCUCACCUCCUCCUGAUUUUCCUGGAGACUUCUUCAAAGAUGUUCGUCAGGGAUUGAUUGGCGUAGGCUUGAUAAAUGUAGAAGACAGAUCUGGAAUACUGACGCUCGAUAAAGAUUACAACAAUAUAGGGAAAUUUCUGAAUCGAAUUCUUGGUAUGGAAGUCCAUCAGCAGAAUGCUUUGUUCCAGUACUUCUCUGACACGUUAAAUGCAGUUAUUCAAAAUGCUAAAAAGAACGGAAGAUAUGACAUGGGCAUCUUAGAUUUGGGCUCUGGGGAUGAGAAGGUGAGGAAGGCAGAUGUUAAGAAGUUUUUAACUCCUGGAUAUUCUACCUCUGGACAUGUAGAGCUGUACACAAUCAGUGUGGAGAGAGGAAUGUCUUGGGAUGAAGCAACAAAGAUCUGGGCAGAACAGACAGGUCCAGAUGAUGGAUUUUAUUUAUCACUUCAGAUAAGAAAUAACAAGAAAACAGCAAUUCUAGUAAAAGAAGUGAAUCCUAAAAAGAAGCUUUUUUUAAUAUACAGACCAAAUACUGGGAAACAACUCAAACUAGAAACAUGUGCAGACCUGAAAAAGAAAUAUAAGAAGGUACCUUCUGAGGAUGCUCUGCCACACUGGCUGGAGCAGUACAACUCCUCUGCAGACACCUGCACCCACGCCUACUGGAGAGGCAAUUGCAAGAAGGCAGGCCUGGGGCUGGUCUGUGAGGUGGGGCUCCGCUGCAGAACCUACUACGUCCUGUGUGGCUCCGUGCUGAGCGUGUGGACGAAGGUGGAAGGAGUCCUGGCCUCCGUGAGUGGCACAAAUGUGAAAAUGCAAAUUGUUCGCCUAAGGACAGAAGAUGGGCAGAGGAUCGUAGGUUUGAUCAUUCCUGCAAAUUGUGUGUCGCCCCUCGUGAACCUCCUGUCGACGUCUGACCAGUCGCAGCAGCUCGCAGUGCAGCAGCAGCAGAUCUGGCAGCAGCACCACCCCCAGAGCAUCACCAACCUCAACAACGCAUAAGAGGACAAGCUACAGGUGUUGACUUUGGUGUUUGAGGAAAAGGCUGUAAAAGCAUAUCACUUGCAUAAAAAUCAGGGACAGAUUCCAAAGAAAUAUAACUUUUUCAGUUCAGUUGUGUGCUCUCAAAUACUUUGGGAAUAAAGAGAUCUAAAAAGGUUGGUAGAACUGAAAGCCAGCAGUUGUUUAUGGUGGUGCAUCUGUCUUUCCUUAUGCUCUCUGUAGUGCUUCCUGUUUGCUUUUACUUUUGGCCUUUUAAGCUACAAACCACAAUUUGUUUGAAAAUGCUUGAAAAUCCCCAAGCAGGCUUUAUUUUUAUCUUGUCAUACAGUGCUCAGGGUUUAACGCAGUGCAUCGAUGCCAUUGCUGUGGGAGAUCUCGAAUGCAUGUAUUGAGUAUAUAUAUAGAAAAAAUAUAUUGGGUUUUUCUCUUCAAUUUGAGUUUAUAAAAGCAUGAAACCUAGAGGUUGCACAUCAUGCAUUCAGGUUCCUUCCCAGUUUCUGUUUGACAGUGCAUGUCUUUGGAAACGGGCAUGGACAGGAUAAACACACGAGACAGGAAUUCAGAGAGAAACACAAUCUUAGUUGUACAGCAUCGGUUAUUGCAUUUUUAUAGUGUUUAUACCCAGGUGUUGCAUUUUUUCUGGUUCUCUCCUGGGAGUUAUAUAUUUGAGUCUACAACAUGUUCUUUUUGUGAUAAACAUCUUAAAUUAAAAUUAGUUCAUUUUUAAUGUAUUAAUGGUAUUCCUAAUGUGUACUGCAAAGAUGGCUGGAUGCCAGUUUUCCUUAAAUUGAAGCAUUUCCUUAAUCUGAGGUGGUUAUGGAAACUUAAGUGCAAAUUCACUUCCAUCUCGCAUACAAUCUUAUAUUUUUUAUUUCAUUAACGUAAUUUAAUUUGUCACUUGUAAGAUGAAACCUUACUUGAGCUGUAAAUUAGAGAUUGGGAAACACUUGAGGGUUCCGCUGUAUGUGCUGUUUCUGUUACCCAGUAACUUGAAUACUGUUUAAUAUGUUGUAAGACAUUGUAGAGUUUAUCUGGAGCUGUUAAAAAGAAAUUGUAAUGUACAAAUGUGAAUAGUCACUUAUCUAUAAUAUGGGUAAGUUUUGUUUUGCCUAUAAUAGUAGAUGUUUAUAAGAAAGUGAAGGACAAUGUUUGUCAUUUCUUGCUUGCACAGGUUGCACUAUUGAAAAAUUGAGAUUGUAUAAACCUGUCCAAAAAACUACAAGAUAAUGAUCUUGUAGAUGUCAAAUAAAAGUUAUUGUACUAACAAGAAGUGGAGUCUUGUUUAGGCAAUCACCAUAUUCCAAAAAUACUAACAAGUUUGUACAAUUGGAAUUCGACAGGACUUGGCAUCUUCCAGGCUGCUCUAACCAGGCUUCUGUCUUGCAGCCCAAAUCUCUCGGCUGAACUCACUAAUGAGGCAAGAACUAAACUCUGUUUAAACCUCCAUGUCUGUUUAAGGAAGGCUCAGCUGCCAGAGCAGGAUUGCUGCAGGUGUGGCACCUCUGAAGCACUCAGUGAGCCACUCAAGGGUCAGAAAGAGCGGGGCUGAAGUUCCACAGCUUGAGGCUGAAGUGGGUUCCUUAGGGAAUUACUGCUCCCAAGGCUCAGUUAACGCUCCCUGUGCCACAGCUCUGUGGUCACCAAGCCCCUGCUUGCCAGGGAAGGAAGUUUGCACGCUUCCCUCAGCUCCCAGCCUGAGCUGGUGGGGAGGGAUGACCCCCUGCUCAUGCUUGGGACUAACUGGAAAUGCAGGUCUGGAACAAAUCCCCGUGUCCUGCUGCACCUGUGUAAAUACCAGGAAUGCAGGUGGUCGGUGUUGGGGGAUCUUCAGUCCGCUGGGAGCAAGGGAAGGGAGCCUGAGUGCUGUCAUAGCGCUGGGAGCUGGUGAUGCCCUGGCAACCUCUAGAGCGCAGGGUGUGGGGGAGGCUGUUCCUGUGUUCUGUACCCACCAGUGGAUGUAUUUGGCAUCCAUUCCAGGAGCAGGGCUGGGAUUUUGAGGAGUGUGUUGACAGAUGACUACUGCAGCAGGCUGUGUGUGGACUGCCCUGUCUCUGCUGCUUAAUUGCUAUUUGCUGUAGAAACUUCUGCCAUCUGAGAUGGUGACAUAACAUUUUAGGUCUUGAUCCUCAGUAAAAUAGUUCUGGAAGUGGUAGAUUCACAAUUAGUGAUUUUAAAUUUUUUUUUUUUUAAAUAAUGAUUUAAAUACACUCAGUUCCUAAGUGCUCUUCUCAGCCUGGUUGUGCUCACUUUCAUUGUUGGGAUGAGCAAGUCUGAUAUUCCCUGUACUGAUGAGCAAACCACACUAUAUUGCUUCAACCUUUUAAACUUCCCAUGGACUUGUGUCCCCUGGAGGGGGAAAAAAGCUGACAGUACUUCCAAGAUCCAUAGGAACUGUUCCUGUUCCAGAAAUCCAUUCCUCUACUUGCUCUUCUUUGCCUGUUCCCUGCUCCUUGCGCCAUCACUGCCUUGGCUUUGCCAUCCAGUUACUAACACAGCUGCAGCCAUGGCUCUGGACUGUUGCAACAUCUUGAAGGUUAACAUCCAAAAAAGAGAACAGCCUUCAAGCUACAGCAACAUUUUCUCUCUUGAAAAUUCCUAGUCAGUGCUUGGGGUGUGGGUUUUAGUAUUUGUUUGCUGCAUGAGCUGCUGAUAAAACCUGGGGAGAAAAGGAACACAAAUAGCUCUGGAUGGGGUAAGGAACAGUGAGUGGUGUCCCUUUGCAGCACUGGCUGUGAGACAAACAUCCUCCUGGGGAGGGAAAAGAGACCAAUUGUCAAGUCAUAAAUUACCAGGCCAGGCAAGGGUGGUCUCUGUGUUUUCCUGCUUGGAGGGUAUUGAUCUGCUUUGUACAAAAUGAAAUACAAAAUGCUUUGUACAUGUGAAAUGGGUAUAAAACCUAUAAAGGGCAGAGGGCUCAUGUAAAAUGGCAGCACUUCUGUACUGUGGGGGUUUUGGAAUUGUGCUGCAGGAGGGGAAGGUACAUAUUUGAGUUGAUUUGGGAAUUGAAAACCCAGAUUUUGGGUUUUCUUUUCUAACUGUCCCUUGACAGCAACUAAAUUAUGACUUGUUAACUAGCUUCAUAAUUAAGAUAUGUCUGGCAUGAUAAAUGCAAUUGUAACCCCUUAACAACCUCCUUGCACAGCAAGUAUUCCACUUUUUCCAGUGGCUGUGUGGUUCAUUGGGAAUACACACCUCUUGUAAGGACUUCAAGUUCCCCAAAGAUGCAAGUUCUCUGUUCCAUGUGUAGUAUUUUCUUUGUAAAUGGAGAAAUCUCUGCAACCUGUAAAUGCUUGUUCAAGUGAAUUAUCAAGGGGUUUUGUAUUUUUCUUUUGUGUUUGGAAUAACUUCACUCGGCUCCCAGCGCAGUCUGUACAUAUAUAGAGCCUGUUUGUAUAUAGAGGUGUUAAAGGCUACUGAAUUAUUGAAUGUAAAUAACUCUUGUUUUUCUCUGUGGUUUUUUCCUUCAUGACCUUCCCAAGAUGUAUUCCUAUUUUCUCAAACUGCCACAUGGGCAGCUUAUGUGUACUUUGAAAUAUAUAUAGAGCAUAUAUAAACCUUCCAGGGUGUGUGUGUACAUUGUA